UCACUUAACAUGCACAUCUCAUAUAAAAGUCGCUUAAGUCAAGCAGCAUCGAUGUUAGUACAGCAGUGCACUAAUUCGUUGAGAUUGAAUCAAGGUGAGGUGAUUUGAAAUUCCCAGCUUGGAUCGUUGGGUUAAAACUGAUUAGAGAGGUUGAUAAGCUGAUCAAACGAGGCCAUCCUUAGCCCAUUUGCAAUGUAUCUCGAUCGAUGUAAGUAAAUCCAAGUUUUUGUGAAAUCAAGCACAUGUGACAUCUCCGAUUCAUGAAGAAACCUUCAUGACGCUUAUUGCUGGAGGUAAGACUAUCCAAAUUGUUCAAGUUUCUCCGAAGAGGCUGAUACAGCAACAAACAUCUAGGCUGUAGUCCGCCCAUAAAGCCCAUAAAAAGUCAGCCUUCAAAGCGCGAAAAUAAUUUCAGGAGUAUCUUCUAAAGACAAAGAUACGAGGCGCUAGCUUUAAGGUUUAUUUCCAACAAUUUUAAGUCUGAGUCUUCAAAUGGAGGGGAGUAGACAUGAGCAGCAAAAACAGAGUCUUUCAGAUCUUAUACCAGUAAUUGACCUUGCAGCACUAAAUGGCGAUCAUAUCGACGAAUUUGAACGCAGGCGCAUUAUAACUGAGAUAGCUCAUGCAUGCAAAACAUGGGGCGCUUUCCAGCUGGUCAACCAUGGUAUUCAACCGCAUGUGAUUGAAAGGGCCAGAGCUAAAGCGUGCGGGGUGUUUGAAUUGCCAAAUGAAACACGGUGGAAGGCCAAACGAUCACCAGGCAGCUUGUCUGGAUAUGGAAACGGCGCUGUCAUCGCAGACGCAGUCAACAAUGAAAUUGCAUCCGAAGCCAUAACCUUCGGGUACCCAAAUUCUGAGGCUGACGUAAUUGCUAGCAUAUUCUGGCCUCGCGGAAACCCAGGUUUUAGUGCGAGCAUAGAUGAUUAUAAUGAGGAGUCGCAUGAGCUGGCCUUGAAGGUCGUGAGACUCAUGGUAGAAGGCCUGGAACUCCACGGAAACUUAGCACACUUUCAACCCUACUUGACAGAACAUUUUGGAGUGUUGAGAAUCAACAACUACCCAGCUAGCGAACACCCAACCCGAGACAUCGGACUUCCACCGCACAUUGAUGAUACCCUACUAACCAUAGUGCACCAAGGAUGUGAAGUUGAAGGACUUCAAGUUAAAAAAGAUGGCCAGUGGGUUACUGUGCCACCACGAGGCGACGUCAUGGUUGUCCUCGUGGCUGCCGUAUGCCAGGUGAUCACAAAUGACAACUAUAAAGCUGUCCUACAUCGAGCAGUGCCGAAUCGAGACAAAGCCCGGCUCUCCAUGGUGUAUUCGGCCUAUCCUCCGGCGAAUAUCUUUAUUACCGCUGCUCCAGAGUUUGUGAGCCCUGCACACCCUCCCCUGUACAAACCAUUCACAUGGUCAGAGUACCUAUCUGGUCAAGUUACCCACAUCCUUAACCCUAUUGAUGGCUUACAAACAGUUGAGAGGGAAGGAGAAACUCAAAAUCAAACCUCAGAAUCCUCAGAGAGCAGUAGUAAACUUGAUUAAAACAAAGGGAGUGAAAUUCAAAGUUCCCAACUCAGAAGCAUUAUCAACAUAUUUUGUUGACUUCACGAAAGAUGGUCAAUUUUGCGUCGUAAGUGAUUGCUGUAGUCAGCAACUGUAAUCUGAGUAUCACACAAUGCAGAACUCAUGCGAAACCUUGGCUUCUAGAUGAAACAUUCUUGAAUUUAAAUGUCCAAAAUCUUGAUUCACCUGAUUUGGAAUACAAAUGAAAACAUUUUGAAAUUC